AGCGCCCCCUGCAUCAACGUUUGCAGUGCGCUGGCUUGCAGGCGGACGUGCAUGCACGCGAGCAACAGAUCCGAGCGCAUGCGCAAUUCAUUGUUUUGACUGAAAAUGCCGUCGGUUUCGAAAACGGCGGCCAAUGCGUCCCCUCAAACCGAGAAACCUACCCACUAUACAUACUUGAAGGAGUUCAGGACAGAGCAGUGCCCGUUGUUCCUCCAGCACAAGUGUACACAGCACAGACCCUUUACGUGCUUUAACUGGCAUUUUCUCAACCAGCGGCGAAGACGACCCAUAAGAAGAAGAGACGGAACUUUUAACUACAGCCCCGACGUGUACUGCACGAAAUACGACGAGACCACAGGCAUUUGCCCAGAUGGAGAUGACUGUCCUUAUUUACACCGGACCACUGGUGACACAGAGCGCAAGUACCAUCUACGCUAUUACAAGACUGGCACUUGUAUCCAUGAGACAGAUGCUCGAGGGCAUUGUGUGAAGAAUGGCCUCCACUGUGCUUUUGCUCAUGGGCCACAUGAUCUCCGACCUCCAGUCUAUGAUAUCAGAGAGAUCCAAGCACAAGAGGCUCUUCAAAAUGGACAGUUGGGAUCUGGGGAAGGUAUUCCUGAUCUGCAGCCUGGUGUAUUAGCCAGCCAAGCUAUGAUUGAGAAAACUCUGUCAGAAGACCCCCGGUGGCAAGAUACCAACUUUGUUUUAGCCAAUUAUAAAACAGAUCAGUGUACUAAGCCCCCAAGACUAUGCAGACAGGGCUAUGCUUGCCCCCACUACCACAACAGUAGAGAUCGGAGACGAAAUCCUAGAAAGUUCAAAUAUAGGUCAACUCCUUGCCCUAAUGUGAAACAUGGGGAUGAAUGGGGCGAGCCCUCAAAGUGUGACAGUGGAGACAGUUGCCAGUAUUGUCACUCUCGCACUGAACAGCAGUUUCACCCAGAGAUCUACAAAUCUACCAAAUGCAAUGAUAUGCGACAAACUGGAUACUGUCCCAGAGGACCGUUUUGUGCAUUUGCACAUGUAGAAAGAAUUCCCUCUACAGAAGAAACCAUGAGCUCAUUGCUAACAGUGAUACAGUCAAGUUCACAGUCCCAGCUGGGCUCUCAGCAGUAUUCAGAAUGUCCAGUCAGUGAGUGGAACAGUGGAGGCAACUCCACCACCAGUGCAACCAGUAGCAACGGACAAGUAGGAAGUGUUUCAUGUUCUAAUAGCUCAACUCUAACUCCAAGCUCAGGAAGCGACAGUUUGUUAUCCCCAGUGGGAUCCAUCAGCAGGCCCAAAUCCUUAACUAAUAGUAGUUUAUGUUCAGAGUCCACCACAUCCAGUGUCUCCUCUCUGACGUCUAACUAUCCUAAAGCUCCGGGCUUUGAACGUGAGGAUCAGAUUAAGAACAAGGGGCAGGAUCAGAAAUUGAUGGACCAAGAAAAACAGACACAAAAUACUGUAUUCUCUGCGGUGAACCCUUUGGCAUCAAGCUUUACCUCCAGUAUAACAUCCAGCUUGGCCUCUAGUAUUGGCUCAGAUAGUUCUUCACCCACCACUUUAUCAACAAUGAAUGCAAAAGCCACUCCUUUCUAUCCAGGAAGCAACACAGUGGAGUCUGUCAUAGAUGUGUUUUGUUUUCCGUCAGGAUCUGCUCUUGACCUCAACUUCAGUGACAUUAAUGUUGCAUCUCUUGAUAAGGAGUUCGAGGAGCAAGACAACAGUGUAGGACUGGCAAGUCAAAGGGUGCUAGGUGGAUCUGCUCCAGUUAACAUUCCUGGCUCCCUGGCACGAUCGUCCUCUUUUAAUUCCUCCUCAUCACUCUCCACCUCCCCACUAAGCUCCCUCUCCCAGUCUCUGUCGCAGUCCCUGCUGUCUGGGACGGUAUCACAGCAAAAUCAACCUUCAAACAUGUUAGCCAAGCAUGAACAUGGCCUCCUGGGAACACCCACCUCCUCUUCCCAGAACUCUUUGGGCUUGAAUGGAGGUCCUAGCAACAUUUGGGACUUUGUAAGUGGCAGCUUUUCACCGAGUCCAUCUCCAGUUUUCAGCAGCCUAACCUCCACAACCAGCACUGCUGAUCUAGCCCGCCUUUUUAGAGAGCUGGACGAGGCCAAGAGGAAGAUCAAACAAUGGGAGGAGGCCUGGCAUCAGGUCAAGCAAGCCUGUGAAGCUUGCCAGAAAGACGCUCAUGAAGCAAAGGAACACGCAAAAACGUCCGAGGCAGAGCGGCAGCUGGCAGAACAGAAAUGGGAGGAAACAGAGCGUAAGCUGAAAGAGCUCCAAGGGGACUUUGAUGUGCUUUGUCGCACCCCUGGAACACCUCUUCUACGUAGCUAUGGAGAGCUGGACAAGCUCCCCUUGUCAAAGCUUCAUUCCAUCCAGAGUCAGCUGCGUAAUGACCUAGACCUUAUAGAUGGGGUAAUAUAUCAGCUUCAGUCAAAGAAAUGUAUAGUUUGCCAAAAGCAUGAUCGUUGCAUUGUUCUGCAGCCUUGCCAACAUUAUGUACUAUGUGAGAACUGUGCACCUAGUAAAACAGAAUGCCCCUACUGUAGAACAAAAAUAUUGAAGUGGUGAUGUAAAAUUACUCAAGGUACUAUUUAAAGAAUUAGCCCUUUGAAAAACUACUAAUAGAUAUUACAUUUUCUAAAUAGCAAUGUCUGUUUCAUACAGUGAUUGAAUUAAUUUAGAAUAAAAUGAUGUUUGACUGACAAAACAAAUAGUAUUAUGAAUCAGAUUGUGUACAUGGGAUUCAGUCAUAAUAAUAUUUGCUCAUUUUAUGUGCACAUUACCUUGGCAACCAGAUAGCUUUCUGUAUGCAAGUUAGAAUAUUAAAUUACCUUGAGAUGCCUUUUCUCAAGUCUUCAAUCAUGAUUCGGGCACUCUAAAGGACAUAAAUCUUGUGUGCAGGUAUCUACAUUUUGUUUACACUUUGUUAUAAAUACAUUUUGGCUAAACAAACAAUGCAGCUAUGCUUUCCCCAAUUAAAAUGCAAAUAUGCAUUGCCAACCUGACAUAUUGCUCUUACAAUAAAAUACAAAAUUACAGAUUCAAAAAAAACAAACCGGACCAAUAAACAUGGUUAAAAGCUGUAUACACAGACAUUAAUGAGUGUGAGUUUGUAUUUCUGCUCUCAAGUUUUGCUGUUUAUGGAUUCUUACUUCACUGCACUUUGGAAUUAGUGUGGGUAAAUCUCUGAUCUCCUGAGGUUGCUUCUUCUUUACUUAAUGCACUUAAAGUUUGAAGGCAUUUCAACCCCAGCUUUUCAGAAAAUACUGUGGAAAUGUGUGUAAAGGCAAGAAAAGGUUUUAGUAAAUCUGUUACAUCACAGAUUCUUGUGUUUGAAGAAAGAAAACAUACUCACUGUAACUUUAAUAUUAUAUCUUAACUGAAAUAGAUAAUACUCUAAGUCUUUAGGUCAUUUUUCACUCAUUCUGAGGGUGGAAAAAGUUUGAUAAACAAAGUAUCCUUUGUAAUAAUAUCAAGGAGAGUUAACCUGUAGCCUACUGAGCUCCGUAGGGGAUUUUGAAAAUGAACAUUUCCUCAUUGUGGAUCAAAGCAGUCCCACAUAAUAACACAGACAUAUAGACAAAGCCAUUGAUGAUAUUUCACCACAAUAGCUAGUCCCAUAGGCAUUCCAGGUUGGUAUCUCAAAUGCAAGGAAAUCACCAUGUAAAUAUACUGCCAGGUAAUGUUGAAUUCACUCACACUCAGCUAGUCCAGUGAUGUUAAACAUAAAAUGGGCAAAACUCAAAGCUGAUUUUUCUUUAAUCAAAGAGGAAUACUAAAUCUAAAUCAAAGAAUUCACUUGGGAGCUUCUGGGAACAAUUCAAGAAACCAGACAUCCAAGAGCCUGAAUGUGACUGAUACUUGAUGCAGAAAUCAUAUUUUUGUUUUAGCCUAAUUAGUCUGAAAUUCCAGAAAAAAAACAUUUGUGUGCCAUUUACAGAGCAUGGAGCUUCCAAAACGGAUGUGAGAAAUGGGUCGCUGAUCAACUUCAUUGUACCAGAAAGCACUUGAAUGUUUAGAAGCUCCAUGCUCUGAGGAAUGAAUGCACAGUUGCAUUCAACACUAUAGGGAGUAAUUGAUGAAAAAAUAGUAAUCUUUGGCCAAAGUAUUGUCCAACAAUAGAAACUAAAUAUGCAGAUGUGUAAAAUUAUUCACAUCCAAUGAGGUAUUAGUGCUGAACCACGCCUGUAUCUGUAAAUCAGACCAACCAAGGAAACAACAAAACACGAAUGCUGAAAUUUUGCAGUGUUCCUCUUUAAGUAAAGCCACAUUUUCUUAAAUACCCAAAUUUUCAUUAACAAUUUUUAUUUUUAUUUUUAUAAAUGCAACCAGUCAAGCAUCAUUAUUUUGACCAACUUUCUGAAGAAGUUUGAUUUCUUACUAAAGCACUUUGUUGACCUGGGACUUUAUUAUUAAAGGGUAUAUAGAAAUUUGCUUUAAGCUGCUUUGUAGGUGUUCUUUUGUCUUUUUGUCUUUUUUUUUUAUUUAAUUUUUUUUCCUAUAUAAGCUAAUGUCUGAAGCUUUUGUGUGUACUGUGAAACAUAAUUUGAAUAUUUCAUGUUUCCUAUUGUUAAUUCAUGGCAUGGUUCUACAUAUUAUUAAGGUUUCGUAGAAAAGUUCCUAAUAGUUUCUACUUUCAUAGUUAGAUUUAUAAAAUUUCAAUCAAAUAAGUGCAAAUUUAAAAUGCAUUUUAGGCAUAACCAGCAGUUGUAAUAUCAGUAAGGCACAUGCUACAUGUUAAGGCUGUUAUUCAAUCAGUUAGUUUUGUUUUGUAGAGAUUUAUAUAGAUUAGCCAUUAGAAAAGCAUGUAUUGUAUUUGCUAAAAGCCUGAGAUGGUGAUUUUUGUAGGAAUCUAGCCUCUUGACCUUGUCUAGAACAUAUCGGCCUCUAACUCGAAAGUGCCUUGCCUUAGUUGAAAAGGUUAUGUGUUGAAUUGUCAGAGCAAACAGAAGUAGUUGAAGCUUGUGCACUGGUUUCUGCAUAAUGUGUCUUGUCUUGCAUUGACAUGUGUAUGACUAUAUGUGUACAUAUAAAUAUAUGGCGGUGUAUUUGGCCCAAUCCCAUUAAGUAUUUAUGCAGAAGAUAACUGAAAACAAACAUUGUCAGUGCCUGUGUCCUGACUUCAACUACCCACCCACUCAUUCCUUGGUCGUGGUGCUCUUUUGGUGCAGCUUCAGUCUUUGAAAUUAGGUUUUUCAAUUAACGUUUGGGAGUAUGCAAACAGAACAGGACACAUGAAUUUGUAUAGCAACAUAUAAAAAUGCUUUUAAAACAGUUCAGUAACUUUUGAUUUGUUUUAUUGUAAUAAUUCUGCAGUGAAUGAAGGAAUUCCGUAGUUAACUUGUAAGUUGGAUUUUGCGUAGGAUUUGUGCUUAGGUUCCUCUAAUUGAAAUGACCUUCUACUGUGUUUUUAUUCUUGCUUUAAAUUCAAUAGAAAAUCAUGUAUCUCCAGGUACACCUUUUGCUACUUAUAAAUAUGGGAAAAUGCAUUGUUUACAUUCUCAUAAAUGACAAUUAAGCAACUCAGAGGAAAAAAAUAUCAAGAAAGGUUAUGGUAUUUCAGCGUUUUCAUGAUUAUAUUACAGCAUAAGAAGCAGCCUAAAGUUCUGGUAUUGCAUGUUAUGCGAUAUAUUAACCAGCUACAAAAAAAUUUAAAAAAAAGUUCGCACUGUGUCACACUGCCAGAAUAUUUGUAUUGACUUAUUUUUAGUGUAGUAAAGGCUUAAUAAUUUCUGCAAGCUUCGCUGCUACUGGAAAAGGUAUUAAUGUAGUUUCUUGUUAUACAUUUUUCGAUAUUUGAAUGCAUCCACAGCUCAGAUUUCAGAAACUAUGAAAUAAUCUGUUUUCUGCUUGACUAAAUCUUAAUUUGAUUGAAUUAUUCAUUUGUAAAUGCAUUUGAGUCAAAGUUUCAGUACUUUUGUAAAUCACUUAGAAUGAUGUCACACACCUGUACUGCUGUAGAUUGUCCCUUUUUUUAAAAAAAAUUUCCCCCCUACACUGGAUAGCAGUGUACGGUGCAGCUAAUUUCACAGGGUCCUCUAGUUUAUUUUGUUUAGCCUGUGAAGCCAACUAAAUUAAUAAUGUCUAGUGUGAUAAUCUAAAAAUGAACCAAAGUGGUGUUCUAGUAGCUGUCUAAAUAUGUAUUCUAAAGGGAAGAUUUACCCUUGAACAGAAUUCAAAUAAUUGCUGAGGUAUCUGACAAAUCAGCCUAUAGUUGUGAACAGGGCGGGUCUUGCCCAGAGUUAUAAAUGGCAGGUCAGAGCACCAAGGCCAUCCAGAUGAAACUGAGGCAAAGUCCAGAAUUGUGAGUGGCAGGAAUUCUGUUUUUGGAUGGGUUUUUAUCUGAUAUUUGAUUCAGUAGGACAUACUGUAUAUCCUCGUAGUGAGUAAACAACAGGACUAUGCUAAUGGCUUUUGCUUACAACAUUAAUGGACUUGAGCUCAUUUUUUGCAGUUUUACCAAAGACCUGUACUGUUGUUAUUUCUUUUGUAAAACAUUUCAUCAUUGGUUUGAUUUCAGUAAGAAACCUAAAUUGAUUUUAAAAAGGAUUCACCUAGUACCUUAAAUAGAUGUUCAAUAAUCGUAAUUAAUGGCAUCUUUUUCUAUCUAAAGUUAGCUAUAGUGAGUUGAUACACAAAUGAUCAAAAAUGCAUGCGUCAGAUCCUUACAAAAUGUGUAUUUGUAUAUUUCAUUUUGUGUUAGGUAUACAUUGACGUUUAUGGCAGGUUUGUGCAAUACUGACUAGCACAUGCUGACCUUAAGCAAGGAUUUGGUGUCCAUUUAAUUGUUGUCUACAGUGAAGGAAUGUCAAGGUGAAUGACAUUUGUGCUUCUGAAGUGGCCAUAUAAACUUCACUACAACUACUGUUUUGAAGGGUUUUUUUUGUUGAUUUUGCUUACUACAUAAUCUCAAUCACUUUGGAAAUUGAUGGUUAUGCAUUAUAUGCUGUUAUGAUAGGCCUACAGUGACUGUAAGGUGCUUUCUUUCUAUCUGACUUUGUUUUCUAUUUCUUAAAGCCGUGGUCCAAAUUAAUUUUUGUUAUUUGUAAAAUUACAGGGGACAGAUGAUGAUUGUCACAAGCAUUAAUGGCAGAUACAGACAUAAUUAAAACUGAGUUGUUAUGGCAAUUUGUUGUUGGCCCUCAAUCUCUCUAGUGGUCUACUUGGCCCAAUUCAAGUUUUCUAAAAGAAAUGAAACAGAUAUUCACUUGGUAAGCACAGCUUACAUUUCUUUAUAUUUGUUAAAUUUAUCUCUAAUGGACCAAUUACACUUUCAAGUACAUCUGUGCCUUUUAAUAAUUACAUAAUGUUAAUUGGUAUCAAGAGAAUACAUCUCUGAGACAGUGUUUGGUGUGAGUCAGAUGACAAAAUAUAACAUGUUUAAUUAGAAUCAAAAUUCCAGUGCCUUACAAUAUUUUUGUGGACCACAAUGUGAUUUCUAAAUGAUCUUCUGCAUUCAGGCCACUUGAGCUGAAAGGAAAAAGGAUAAUCUAAUGAGAUUUGCUUCACUAGUUCCACAGGAGGAAGCAAUGGUUAUAAUUGACUGAUAAUCGUCUAUUUCUGUAUUUGCCAUACCAUUUUUAAAAAAAAAACAACUAACAAACAAAAAAACAACAAACAGCAAUACUUAACCAUUGAAUACACAAUUUUGAUCUCAAUUAGUCAUUUGGCACCAAAAACUCAAUUGUCUGUAAGGAAAAGCACCAAAUAGGAAGUAUCUUGUAAAUUAACUGUAAUAGAUGUAUCAUUAUGUUCUGCAUUGGAAUAGUUUAAUCUAUUUUACAUUAUUGUUAGUUGUUGUGUUGUCUUUUUGUUUUUAAUAUUAUGAAAAUGGAUCCUGAAGAUUUAUGCAAUCUUGUACAUGUAUAUGAGUAUGAUGUAUGGAGCUGUUCAAAUUAAGUAAAAUACUAGUACAAGUGUUGUCAAAAGUAAAUAAUCUGAAUGUGGAACCAGUUGUUCCAUAUACUUUAGAAAAAUUUCAGUAGAAAUGUUAUUUUAACAUUGAAGCCCUGAAAUAUUGAAUGUAUUGUUCUAAAUUAGAUAUUCAAUGAAUAGGUCACUGGAUAUUAUGGAGCACAGUUAAUUCAUUAUGAUGUAGCAUCUAGUUGUGAACUGCUAUUCAAUAAAAUUUAUUAGAACUAAAACAAA